ACACAACAACCCUUUCACAACAAAUCUCUUCCCUGAUACAGUUAAAUGCAAAUUCUCUUUUCUGUCUUACUCCAGAAAGCUCCUGCAUGCAUAGCUGAGACGCCACCUACUGCAAAACUGAGCUGACAGCGCAGGCAACGCUGCCAGCAUUUCCAUUCCAUCACCAGGCUGGGACGGAAUAAAGGCGUGCUUCUGUGGUAGUGGUUUCUUUUUAAAAAAAAAAAAAAUCUCAAAGCCAAGAAGAACAAGCUGAAAUAGCAUCUUCAAAAAUGGAGCGUAAAAUAAUCCGAAGAGAAAAAGAAAAGGAGUAUGAAGGAAAACAUAACAGCCUGGAAGAUACUGAGCAAGGAAAGAACAGCAAAUCUACACUGAUGACCCUCAACGUUGGUGGAUACUUAUACAUUACUCAAAGACAAACACUGACCAAGUACCCAGACACUUUCCUUGAAGGUAUAGUAAAUGGAAAAAUUCUUUGCCCAUUUGAUGCCGAUGGCCAUUAUUUCAUAGACAGGGAUGGGCUCCUCUUCAGGCAUGUUCUAAACUUCCUACGAAAUGGAGAACUUCUGUUGCCUGAAGGGUUUCGAGAAAAUCAACUUCUUGCCCAAGAAGCAGAAUUCUUUCAGCUCAAGGGACUGGCGGAGGAAGUGAAAUCCAGGUGGGAAAAAGAACAGCUAACACCCAGAGAGACUACUUUCUUGGAAAUAACAGAUAACCAUGAUCGUUCACAAGGACUGAGAAUUUUCUGUAAUGCUCCUGAUUUCAUAUCAAAAAUAAAAUCUCGCAUUGUUCUGGUGUCCAAAAGCAGGCUGGAUGGAUUUCCAGAGGAGUUUUCAAUAUCGUCAAAUAUAAUUCAAUUUAAAUACUUCAUAAAGUCUGAAAAUGGCACUCGACUUGUACUAAAGGAAGACAACACCUUUGUCUGUACCUUGGAAACUCUUAAGUUUGAGGCUAUAAUGAUGGCUUUAAAGUGUGGCUUUAGACUGCUGACCAGCCUGGACUGCUCCAAAGGGUCAAUCGUUCACAGCGAUGCACUUCAUUUUAUCAAGUAAUUACCUGUCUCACGAACAAAGGCAACAAGCAUGCAGCCAGUGAGCCUCAGAAAACCACAGCAUCAAAGACAUCCCAAAUAACGUGCCCAGAAAGCUCUGUACUACAGAGCCCUGCUGCUAAUCAAGUAUUGUGAGCUAACGGUAUGUAAAUUCUAUCGCUAAAGAUAAAGAUAAAGGGUGUUCCUGCUGAUCAGACUCUUCCACCUAAAUGAAAACAGUAGUCUGCUACAUACUGUAAAUAAAGACUGAAUGCUUGUGCUAUUUGUUUAUUUUUCCUUAAGCUGUCUUUCAAUCAGAAUGUCUUGGGUACUUGCACAAAAAACCAAGCAUGUAUAUCAUCUAUAGUUCAUUAAAAUAAAUGGUAAUAAAAUAUUCUAAGGGGCUAUAAGGUUUUAAAUCCUUUCUACUUAUCGUAAAAAUCUACAAAGAAAUUGAACUGGUAAAAUUAACCACUGAGAGCAAAAUUGAUGUGCAGAACCACCCAAAACAGAGCUAUAAUGCCACAAAUGAGACUGUGAGAAGGUAUUAAAGCUACUGAUUUGAUUUUUAAUAGCAGACACCAAAUGCUUAUUCACUGCUCCUGUAUUUCAUACUAGAAUUAUAGCUGAAUUGGUAUUUUGCUGAAAAUUCCUAGAAAACCACUUGAUGACAAUAAAAAAUAAGUAACAGUGAUAGUUUCUUUGCUUGUAUUAACAAUUACAAUAAAAAGUUACAUGUGUCACUUUAAGAAAAAUAAUACCACUUGAUGAUUUUGUACAGUAUUAUGCAUUGAUGUAAUUAGCAGGUGAGCUCCUGUGACCCUGACUGGUCUUGGAAAUUAGCAAAUUCAUUUCUUUGCACACUGAGCUCCAAUUCAGCACAGGUAACUUAGUCUCAACAGAUUACACGGUGUUAGAAUCGUAAAGGAGUCUAUUUUCA